AUCUCAGAAAGAUACUUCGUACAAUAUUUUUAAUAAAAAAAAAAAAAAUUUCUAAAAAAAAUCAUAACAAACAAUAUCUAAAAAUAUAAUUUUGCCAACAAAAACAUGAAUUUGUUGCUUACAAAAAAGAGUCGGUUUUAACGGAUAUAUGAAAAACAAAAAAAGGAAUAAGAUUUGGUUGGUGGCAUAGCUGGUUUGGUUAGGUAGAUAUAUUUAAAACCAAACCAAAAUCACAGUCUCACACACAUUUGACAAAAUCAAGACCAACACGAAACAACAACACAACACACAAUCAUGGCAAAACAAUCCUUAAUCUUCCUCAUCGUAUCCUUAACCUUAACCUUGUUCUGCAUCACAAAUUCAACAGCAAAAGAAUCCAUAUACGACCUACUUCCUAAAUACGGUCUCCCAAGUGGUCUUUUACCAAACACUGUCACCGAUUACACACUCUUCGAUGAUGGUAGAUUCGUUGUGUAUUUGGAAAAUACUUGUUAUAUACAGUUCGAUUAUCUUGUUUAUUAUGAAAAGAAAAUUACUGGGAAAUUGAGUUAUGGAUCAAUUAGUGAUCUUAAGGGUAUUCAAGUUCAACGUGUUUUUAUUUGGUUUAAUGUUGAUGAAAUUAAGGUUGAUUUGCCUCCUUCAAAUAGUAUUUAUUUUCAGGUUGGGAUUAUUAAUAAGAAGCUUAGUGUUGAUCAGUUUAAAACUGUUCAUUCUUGCCGUAACUCACUUGGAUCUUCUCCUUGUUCAUCUAUCUCAUCACUGCUUCCUGCUCCACUGGAAGAAAUUCCCAUGCUUCUCACAGAGUAGAUGCAAUGCAGCCAGUACUAUGGUAUAAUGGAGAGAGACAUCUUCACCUGCAAUUGUACCUCUAUUGCUAGCUAGCUUAUGAAUCAAGAGUCCGGACUCGCAAAUAUCGAGUCUGGUUGGUUGAGUUAUAUUAUUAUUAUAUAUCCUUACGAGACUUUCAUGAACAUAUUAUGUACAUAUUUAAGUUCGGAGACUUCGACUUUGUGUGUGCUUUCUGUUUCCAGUUAGACUUCUUUUGCGGGUAUAUAUAUAUUCAAUGGCUAUGCAGUGGCUACAGCAUUUAGAGGA